CCAGGGGGCGCUGUGGGCUUUCGCCAGCAGCGAUGGAGUCGGAGGCUGCGCGGCUGCUGGACGCGGUCGACUUCGCGGCGCGCAAGCAUCGGUACCAGCGGCGGAAAGACCCCGAGGAGACCCCCUACAUCAACCACCCGAUCGGUGUGGCUCGGAUCCUGACCCACGAGGCAGGAAUCACCGACAUCGCGGUAUUACAGGCGGCCCUGCUCCAUGACACCGUGGAGGACACGGACACCAGCCUGGAGGAGCUGGAGCAGCACUUCGGGGCCCAGGUGCGGGGUCUGGUGGAGGAGGUGACAGACGACAAGACUCUGGCGAAGGCAGAGAGGAAACGGCUGCAGGUGGAGCGCGCAGCCCACAGCAGCCCCGGGGCCAAGCUGGUGAAGCUGGCCGACAAGCUCUACAACCUGAGGGACCUGACCCGCUGCACCCCGAAGGGUUGGUCUGAGCAGCGGGUCCAGGAGUACUUCCAGUGGGCAGCGCAGGUGGUCAGGGGGCUGCAGGGAACCAACCAGCCUCUGGAAGAGGCCCUGAAGCAGCUGUUUGAGGAGCGAGGGCUGAGCCUGUGAGCCUUCCAGCCAGAGGGCCUGAGCGGCUUGAGACCAGACACUUUCCUACCCUGAAGGGCAUUCCCACUGAGCAGCCUUCCCGAAUCUAUUAUUCUCUAGGCCUCGGGCCUGGAGCUGCCUCAGGAAGUCUUUCUGGGAAAUAAAGGGUUUGCGACGGAA